GCAGCCGUCAUCAGCGAGCAGCAACACAUUGCGUAAACUGCGCAGCAGCUCACCCCGCACCUACACAAGCCCUCGACCAACCCAAACAUAGCAGGAAGGUAGGAGGAAGUAGGUAGUAUGUCGGGUCCCUCUGACACCGCCCACGCAACAGUAAAAAAUGCGCGGCCAGCUCUUAUGGCACCCCAGCCUAUGGCAUCCGUCUCCGCGCCUCUGAAUCGCAAGACAGCAAUAGGUAAACCAAUGCGAGGACCGACAGAAUGCCGGCCGCGCGUGGCUGCUGAGAUGAACUGUCUGUUGGGCGCGUGGAGAAGGAAAAGAAGAAAGUUGCGCGUGCGGCGUCGAGUUUUGUGUGGAGGAAUUGGUGCGCUAGUCCGGAUUGGGGAUGGUGUGCGUGGGUGCGCGGUUAGAGACGGCGGGGAUGUCGUGGCCGGUGCGUAUUGCCGUAUAGGGGGCUUUGUUGACACUUGGGAAGUUGGGGUGCUUUUUCACGUUGGAAUUUCGGAGUGUUGCUCGUGGGAAUUUUGCGGCUUUGAGCACACGCGUAGAGUGGGUGUCGCUGCUGCGUCUGUACCUACGGUCGAAACUAGGUUUUGACGCCGCCUUGUGCUAAGUUCCGACCGCGCUGCCUGUGUUGGCUCCCCGUGAGAGUGAUAUCAGCAUGAGAGCGACAGCAGAGUCUUGCCAAACGCUUGCCGUCAGAUCAGA